GGUGGGGGUCCGGAGGCCCAACGUGAGGCGUCUGGCCGGUCCUGCCAAGGCCUCACGGCUUCCACCGGAAGUGGCUCCAUCCGGGUACCCGGCCGGUCCUUGGCCACCGUCCGGCUGCCUUUUUCUCGUUUCGCAGCCAUUGCCGACCCCCGCCCGCCCGUCCCGCGGCCGGAGAGAUGUUCCACGGGAUCCCGGCCCCGUCCGCGGGGCCCCCAGCCCCGGGGAACAAGCCGGAGCUCUACGAGGAGGUGAAGCUCUACAAGAACGCCCGCGAACGAGAGAAGUACGACAACAUGGCAGAACUCUUUGCGGUAGUGAAGACUCUUCAGGCCCUGGAAAAAGCUUACAUCAAAGACUGUGUCACCCCCAAAGAGUACACCGCGGCCUGCUCUCGGCUCCUGGUCCAAUACAAAGCUGCCUUCAAGCAGGUUCAGGGCUCAGAGAUCGGCUCCAUCGACGAAUUCUGCCGCAAGUUCCGGCUGGACUGUCCGCUGGCCAUGGAGCGGAUCAAGGAGGACAGACCCAUCACCAUCAAAGACGACAAGGGCAAUCUGAACCGCUGCAUCGCUGACAUCGUCUCGCUCUUCAUCACCGUGAUGGACAAGCUGCGGCUGGAAAUCCGCGCCAUGGACGAGAUUCAACCAGAUCUGCGGGAGCUGAUGGAGACGAUGAACCGCAUGAGCCAUCUGCCCACCGACUUCGAAGGGCGGCAGAAGGUCAACCAGUGGCUGCAAACCCUGAGCGCCAUGUCUGCCGCGGAUGAGCUGGACGACUCGCAGGUGCGGCAGAUGCUGUUCGACCUGGAGUCGGCCUACAACGCCUUCAACCGCUUCCUCCACUCCUGAGUGUCCACCUCCCUCCUCUGCUCCCCAGGACAAAGGCCUCCCCCCCCACCCCCCCUUCUUUCUCGGGACAGCGGAGGGGACACCAUCUCCCAGAGGGAAGGGGGUGAGAUCCCUACCGGACGGACAUCCCCAACCAGAGUCUCUGCUUACACUGGCCUCCCAUCCCACCUGCUCACACCUGCCCCAGCCUCUGCACCAUCACUACUUUAACUCCCUUGAGGCUGCCAAGCUCUAGCCCCUCCUAUCCCCGCCCCAGGUGGAAUAAAAGCAAAGCCUCGGUGUCGAAGCUGUCCCUUCUGCCCCCCGCCCCCCUCCGUGGGCCAUUUGUGGGGGCUGGGAGAGAGAAGGGCGAGCUGGGCUGAAGUGGCCCCCUCUGCCACAGUGGACAGUAGCAAUUUCCCCCUGGAUUGGAGGCCAGACCCUGGGUCACAGGGCCCAGGUCCACCCUCCACAGGCAAUAGGCGGGGAGAGACUGAGUCCCCGCUGCUGAAAGGGAUGUCCAAGUGAGCCCCGUGAGGAGGGGUGCCUGGGACCUGGGGGAGCGCGCGGCCCAGCGGACAGAAGGCCCGUGGGGAACUGAAUCAAGGUCUCCAACUGUAUAAAGGGUUUUCGUGGGGAAGCCUCUCGCCAGUUAUUUCCUCCGCCCGCUGCAAACAAACCACGGGGAGCAAGCUUAAAUUUCAACAGGAGAGAUGGUGGUUGGAACGAAGGAAGACCUCCUUGGCCGUGGGGCCCAUUAAAAAGCGGACAGGGUGUACCCAAGGUUCGGUGGGAUUACGGCCCCCGAAGAUGGUAAGGAAACGAGCAGACCCCUGUCGGGCCUGGAUGGGCCGGUCAUUUUGGGGCGUGGACACGGGGAUGGACCGGCUGGCCCUUCAUGACCCCCCCUCGGUCCUGGGGGUGGCCCAGUCCGUCUCCGCUGCUUCCGCCUCACUGGCCAACAUUCAACGGUCCCGGGAUCCCCGUUUCUCAGUUGUCUCCAGUGCCCAGGGUCGCCUCCCCACCCGUUCGGCAUCUGACGGAGCAGCGAGCCGUCUCCGGAGUUGGUCGCGGAGAUGAUCACACAGAGGAGCUGAGGGUGUGCUCCCCCGGGAGCUUCCCCUGUUGGUUUUGGCUAUGCUUAAUCGAUGGUAUCUAUUGAGCGCUUACUAUGUGCAGAGCACCGGACUACAUAGUUGGUAAAGCACAAAGUUGGUAGAGACUCACGCCCUCAAGGAUCGUAUGGAUUAGUGGCGGAGAGACCGACAGGAAAAUAAAUUGCACGCGAUUACGUAUGGAA